AGCGAGUUGAGGGACGAGCUGUGGUUCAUUGAAUUCGGUCGCGGGGCGGCACUGCCAUUGACACCAGAGGAAGCGCCGGCGGACGGGGAGCCGGUGGUACCUUGCGCUCAGGGUCGCGUCAUCGUGGAGACAGCGAGACCGGCGCCGCCGCACUUUGCUACUUGUUCCGGCUACCGCAGGCCGCUGCUCAGCCGUACGUCGAAUGAAGUGUCGAUCAGCGACGGGAUGAUACCGUCAUCGAGCGGCAGCGCGAUGGAGAAACAUCAGCUGCAGCAGCAGUACUCGCAGCAGCAACAACAGACUGUCGGCGGCAAGGGCGCCGUCAGCAAGAACACGAUGACGCCGCAGAGUCCCGCCAUGCGGCCGGAAGAUCUCGGCGUGACACCCUGGUACCUGGAGGACUAUCCGACGACAGAGACCUCGCCGGGGCCGAUAGGCGAUCGGAGCUCGUACCCCUCGUACUCGUACGGCGAUAGCAGAGAUGACAGGCCAGAUCUGAACUCGACGCGGAACAGCAGCAUCGAGAGCGAAUUUCCGAAAUCAGGUCUACCGAUGCCGCGUAAGGCCUGCAUGGACCUGAAAACUGCAAUGGCGCUGCUCGACGAGACCUGCCCGAAUGUGGAACCCAGUCCGUCUCUCACCCCGAGAACACCUAGGACGCCGCUCACACCGUACGCGUCGCGAGCCAAGAGAGCUCGCUCCAAGAGCAGCGAUAAUUCUUCGAACUAUAGCAAUGAUCGGCUGAGCGAUCGCUCGUUUGAAGCUGUCAGGGAGAAGGAAAAGGAAAAGAAGAGACCAUUCCUCAGGAAGAUUGGCAUUUCGAAGACGGAGGACCGACCGUUCCUAGCGAAGCUGACGCCGAGAAUCAUCGGUAAGCCGUACCUGGAGAAGAUUGGACCCAGCAAGGCUGUCGAGAGGCCAUUCUUGGACAAAAUCGGAUCGUCCAAAACCCUGGACAAAUUCACCUUCAACACGCCGCGUAACGAGCGCAAAAACGAAAUCAGAAACGAGACAAAGGUGAACGAUGCAGUGAAGAAUCAUGACGGGAUGAAGAAUGACAUUAGACACGAGACCGAGCACGUCGUUGCUAAAGAAAACCACGAGAACGCCAUUGAAAAAGUAACACCCGUUAUUUCCGAUUUAAAGGAGAUACAACAUAAACCUGCUAGGAGCUCGCAAAUGGCAACGACGACGUUCGAGAGGAGACGUUCGGGUAAAGAGUUUCUGCUGAAGAUGUACUCCUUUGAGACGGAGGAUCUGGAAUCCACUGUGCCAGCAAAAGAACAUCGCGAUCCAUUACGUGGCUCGUCCUUGGACGACGUGCUAGAUUCAGGCCCGAGCUCGUUGCCGACAGAGAAUAGCGCCGACGAGGAUACGUCGUUGCUGCUAGAAUUGGAGAAUCGACCGACCAGUGUUACCGCCGAGCUGUUGAAGUGUCGAGUGACCACCAGCGAGGAGAUCAUAUCCUCCUCUACCACAUGCCUGAAUUUGUCAGGCGAAGCUAACAGCUGGAGCAAUUCGCCGCAAAGGGCACAGCGAGCAAAGAAGGAAUCGACAACUCCGGUUCGACGAAGGAUUCUUCAGGAUUCCCAUGAGGCCCUUCGUAGCGAUGAAAGCACACCGAACUCACCCACCAAGAGGCCUAUCUCGAGCGUCUCUCCCGACCGCGAGAUCGCAUCUAGGAACAGUAUGUUGGAGAGAGGCACAUUUUCGCCAACAAAGACCAGGAAAUCGAUUGUUGAGGAUAUUGGAAAAGUUGAGAACACGCGUAGAUCGACGAAACGCAAUCAAUUUGAAAGACGUGGCAUUUCCUCGGACAAUCUGCUAGCGAAAGACGCUCUAUCAUUCGUCACUGCCACACGAUCCAUAACCGACAACGCGGGAAUUGGGAGAACACGGGAGAUCUCGUCGGAAGAUUCACUGGCGAUCGGUCGAGGUGUUCAAGAAUACACGAGAGAGACGUUCAAGCAGCUGCAGGACAAGUUCAAGCUGCAGGAGAUACCCAUGGAAAGUUACGCAGCUUUCAAACGGCGCACACGAGCCCUUCAAGGUGCGAUAAGUCGGCAGGAGAGGCUAAACCUUCUACCGGCGGAAUUUGACGUAACUUUGAAGAACACAUUGAAGACAGAAGAUGUCGCAACGGCUGACACGAAUGGAACUACCGAGAACACUACCGAGGAGAAGCGAGAUCAGAAUCAAGAAGAAGGCAUGGUGAAAUCUAUGUUGAAGAAGCAGGAAGGGAUCGAUCAACCCAACGAUCAGGAAUUGGACACGAACGCGUCCAUCAGACGACCAAAGAGGCGAAUCUUCCACGAGCCGUCACAAGAAACGAUGGAUCUGUUGACGGAGUUGCGUAAGGUGAAGAGCUUGCUGAAGACACCGUCUUGGGAAAAUCUGGAUCUCGAUCAGAAACCGGUGCGUAUGCCAAAGCGUAUUCUGCUGACGGACAAGGAGUUUUGUCUCUCAGUAGAGCGAGAGAACAGCGUACGACGUCCGUCGAAGAUGAUUAACUCGCUGGAGACCACAGAGGAGGGUAAGAUUAUGUUGGGCCGGGAACAAGAGAGCAAAGAGGAUCAACUUGCAAGCAACGAGAAGAAAACUGAUCAAAAAAAGAUCUCGCCUGGACCAGCUCUGUUCGAGAAGAAAUGUCUGUCACUGGACUAUGCCGACGAAGAGAAGCCUCAGAAGCCGGAAGCUAGAGCAAUCUCCUUGGCGUCUACGAAAGACCUACCGUUCGAGAUUGAAGACUAUCCUGAUCUGACGUUGAUCUGCGGUUCCAAGAGCUAUUCGUCGGAUGUGUUCAACUCUCCGUCCGAAGAGACGAACAUGAAUGAUCAGGUCGACAAGACGAUCGACAAAGAAGAAACCGAGAAAAAAGAAACCGAGAAAGAAGAAAUCGAGAAAGAAGAAUCAAAGAAACCGAACCAGAAUCACUGCGCCGAGGUGGACAUCGCCAUUCCCAUCGAUCAAAGGAUCAAGAAUCCCAAGGAAGACAUGCAGGGACGGACCAGCGAUCUCUACGAGAUUAUAUCGCCCCGGUCGACGCCGUUCCGCGUUAAGAAGCGACUCGGUAAAAUCUCCGUCGAGGAGACCGUCAAGCCGGAGAAUUUCACCCUCGGUUCUAAGGUCGACUGCCGAUCGGUUGUUGCCCAGAAACGGACCAAGUGCUUACCCUUAUAACGCACGUCGAUCUGCCCGUGGGCGAGACUCUUUCUGUGACGGCGCUGACUGGUGCUUGUACCGGAAGAGGAUAGAUGUAGAUAACGUUGCGUUUCGUAUUAACCCUUUCGCAUUAAAAGGUUGAUAUUUUUCAUGAUUUUGUAAAAGGAUUUAUUCCGUUGAUAUGUGAUUUAAUUUUCACGAGAUUAAUUCCUUUGGAAAUAAUUUCCUGUAAAUCUCAAUACAAGUUGUCAGCAAAAUAUGUGCAUGACUCCACAUUGAUAGACGAUGUAAAAAAACUUAUUCAGUAAUAAUUGUUAAAAUUGCUAUUAUAAUAUGCACGAUACAUAGAUAAUGAAAGAGUUAAAACGAUCGAGUGAUUUAGAAUAAUAAUCAUAUUCUGCAUCUGUCCUUUUUUCGUACGAGCAUGGCGUUCGUUUGAGUUGCUUCUACGAUCGAAAGACCUGACAAUUGAAAUCUCGUCAAUAGCUCGCCUAGAUACAGUGUCGCGAUUGACUCGCGUUGGAUGGAUAUUUUUUCUGAUGUGGUGCUUGACUUGAAAUAGCUUUGUACACUAUCGCUGUUUAAAAAGUUCUUAGUCGAAAUUAAUCGUGUACAUGAACAGGGAUAACAUAUUUAAUUUAGAGUUACUUCGUGUGUAAGCACUUUACAGGUACAGCGAAUAUAAGAAUAAUGAUAGGAGAUAAAAGUGUGGAGUAGAAAAAUGUGCAAUACGUCUAGCGAAAUGCCAUUAUCUCGUUGUAUUGCAUAAAGCAACUAGACUAUUGCUAAAGAUUGGGAAUCUUGAUUGAGAUGCUAAUCUUUUAUUGCUUAUGACAGAAUGAACAUCGCCAUAAAAAUGCACAGCGAACUUCGUCUAUGCGGCAAGCAGAGGAAGAUGAGAAACGAAGAAUGAACUGUUAUCGACAUUCGUCAGAAAGCAGUUCAUCAAUUUUGUAAGCAGGAUCUGUCCAGCUUAGAGCCUAAUUCCGGAGUUUUCGAUGCAACCAGAGUGAUUCGACACGUGCGAGAGCUCCUAGUGAAAUAUUCUAAAGCACACCCCGACCAUUUUUUACUCAACGUUUUCGAGAAAGGAAACGGCUCAAAGCGGAAGCGAAAGCUCGAUGUGGCGAUAGACUCUUCACUCGCUGAUGCACGACCGACGCACGGAAACGAAAAAUCCGGCAAAAAAAACCCUUCUGUCGAGCAGAGAGUGCCUUGUUCGUGGAUAUAUAUUAUUUAAACAAAGAGAGAACACACACACGCGCACACACCUACACACAUACACAUACGCGAAGAAGUCCUAAUCGGCGAUCUAUUAUAAUUCCGACUGCGCGCCGGAUUUUCUGAAUGGGUCCACGGAGUCGUGCUCUCGUCAAACGGCGGAAUCGUACUCUCUCCUUUUCUCGUUCCCUCAAUGAAUCUCGAUUUGCGAUUUCUCGAAUCUCGGGAAUUGCGAUUUCAAUUCCCGAGCGUCUGUAUGUGUGGCUCUGUGCAAAUUCCAAUAUCGCGCAAUCUCCAACGAAACACGUGUUAUAUCUGCGAAAAAUUGUCCCAGGGGAAACAUUAUCUAACCCGUCAGCGUGCACGAAAUAUCGAAAAAGGAGAAAGAAAAGUUUGACAGAUUCAUCCGUGGAAUUCGAAAAAGGAUCUCGAGCUCGUGAGAGUGCGACUCCCACGCAGAUGCGUCCGCUGCCAAGCCUGCUCUUUGUUCGGCGCGGUACGUAAUGUUUUAACGGCAUAAAACUUAUAUAUAAAUGAUACAGAUUAACUGCGUUCCUCUUAUAAUUUUCUAGGGAUAGAUAGGGUCGAUAACGCGCACUAAAAUUGAUUAUGCGGAAAGUAUAUAUGAAUGUAGAUAAAUGCAUAUAUAAUAUAUACACAGUACAUACAAAGUACGUACUGUUAUUCCGAUGAGACAUUUGGACGAUGCGUGGCGUUUAAUAACGUCAAUGCAGAUGCGUUUCUGCUUUAUAAAUAAAAAUCAUCUCUAAUAUUUUGUGCUUUCGCGCAUAUAUCUUAUUAAUUCAACGCGAUAAUACUUUCAUAAAAUAUCGAUAUUAUAUUUUUAUAAGGUGGAAUUAUGGAACAAAAUAUAGCAUAAUAAUAAAUUCAUGACUCCUAGAAUUUGUUAACGGCAAGACUACAAUUCUGACAUUCUGAUUUACUGUUUUUUUUAAUAUUUAUUAUUUUAAUUAAUUUUUUAAAAGAAUUAAGUACACGUUUUAUGUUACUCUUUGAAAUACGAGAAGUUCUUGAAGUUAAAGUGUUUCAUGGAUCGCGUUUGCAGUCUAAAAUUAAAAUACUUGUGAGGAAGCUAUUAUGCAUCUGCACUGGCGCUAUAUACGCAGCAUGCGGUAAAUAUUAAAGAUUAAUGCGAGUUGGUAUAUAUAUACAUACAUAAAUAUAUUUAUACAUGGACGCGCAUCACGCUCGAUGGCAAAGUAUACGUAUGUGCGCGUACUUGGCCGAGCAUAAUUGUAUGAAUCCGAUAGUUGGUGAGAUGUGCCAAAGAGAAUACGAUUUAUUGUAUGUUACGCGAAGUUACUUUUAUAUAUACAUUAUAUAUAUACCUAUAUGUGCGCGCUCGUGACCGUGCACGUGAGCAAAAACGCGUGUAUGCGUAUGGGUGUGCAUGCGUGCGUGCGUCUCUCAUUCGCGCAUUUCGCGUAGAUGAAUUAAGUAUUGUAAGUGAAUUAUGCAUGGUGGCUAGAAAUUCACGUGUAUCGCACGCAUACGUGGACACGGAUGUGCACUCGUGUCCGGAAUAAUGUAUGCAUCGAGGAAGAUCACGAUCCACUCCCCAUCGGGAGUACGCACUUUAUUUAAUUAAUUUACAAUGCACGAGCCUAUUAGUAUUUUCAUCGCGAUUUUAUCUCUUAAUUAAAACGCAUUUAAAUUUUGUACAAUUAAUAUUUUAAUUAAUGCAUUCCCUACUUACGGGUAUAAUGACGUCGUGGUGCAGUAUAAUAUGUAAAUUAUGUAAUCGCGCGUAUUUCAUUUAGAAUCAGAGUCUACUUCACUCAGAAUCAGAGUUAUUCCCCUGUUUUACAAUUAAACAGCAUAGCUCGGAAAACUGUAGGAAAUUAUUUAUUCCCGCGUUUAUCCAUUGUAUUUUCUUCAUGCUUUCCUAACGCUUUUAUUUCUUUUUAACUUUUCCGCGUCCGAAAUUAAUAAAAUUUACAUCCGCGCAUAAAUAUUCCCUGGCUAUUCGACACCUCACUCGAGUCAAUAAUCAAGCCCGACGGUUCGUGAUCUUCCUUAAUCGUAGACUGCAAUAGUGUACAUAGUUUUUCGGCCGGUGCAAUCCAAGAUACAUGGUGAGAUACAGGGUUCGCUUUGUAAUCGGAUAGCAAAACUCGUCCACUCUCGCUUUAAACUUAAUAAAAGAGUAUCCCAUAUAUAUAUAUCGCGGCAGCCAUCCGUCCACCCUUUCGGCUGUCCAUGCAAAACGUGAACGCGAAAGAUGUGCACCGUUGCUCUUAAUGUGCAACGAUAACGUGACGAUUAACGAGAAAGAGAUAGAAAAAGAGAGAGACAAAGAGAAAAAGAGAAGCGUGAUUAAUAUUUCGACAUGAAACUUUCGUUCUCGCAGGCGAGAUUUAGCGUUUCUACGCAAACGCGACGUUCAUUGAUUGCUGUUGAUUGUUAGGAAGUUAGGAGCAUAAUCGUCGCAUUCUGAGCAAGAGAAGCUUCUCUCCAGUAACUUCUCCUCGGAUUAUUAAUCAUUUGAACACCAAAGCUUUAUUGUUGGUUCGGAAAAAGAUAUAGUGAGGAUAUAUUCUAUACAUACAAUAUAUAUAUAUAUAUAACUUUGUUCCUAUAUGUACAUCUGUUUUAGUCGUGACGAAAGAAGAGGAUAUUUUCUAUGGAUGACUGAUACCGAAAGCACGCGGAAUCUAGAUAUUACGAUUUGAUGAGAGAAUUGACAAAAUGCAGACGCAAAACGACGGCGAUUCCACGAAAAAAAAAUGAAACGUCCGGAAGAAUUGAAAUAAUCGAUAUAACGAAUUGAGCAAAUUUGAAGCAGUGUUGCCAGAAAUGACAACUCUGGCAACACUGAUUUGAAGGCCGGAAAUCACAGCGCAGGGUCAGAUGUGGCUGCUUGAAUUGUUUCGGUCACGUCGAAGAAGACUAGUCGAACGGUCGCAGGAAAUUGGGUCUGCAAGCUUGUUGCUUAAUUCGCUUGCACUGAAGCGUAGCUUCCGUCUAUCUAGAAUUGAUUUAGUCUUACACCUCGUUUAUGUUCUCUCGGUGGGUAUUAAAUAAAGUGCAAAUAUGUGUGCUGUAUGUACGGAGAAAGAUGAAGGGAGCGGGAAUGUUAAUUUCUGUUUUCGCGUCACGUUGAACGUGCUACGCUAUUAUAAUUCAUAUGUAUAUAAUACGUAUAUUGUACAGUGCACACACAUGAUGCGAGCGCAUGGUGUCUCUGUGUGAGUGUACGCAACAUGUAUCUUUAUGUGUGAUGGGCGUUCGCCACGUACAUGUCAAUAAAAUUUCGCAUCGAUAAGAUGCCAUUAAAGUU